UUACCCGUCUCGGAUCCCUCUACAUUUCCCCACCCCCAAAAAAUAAAACUAACUCGCUUCUCCAAGUUUUCUCAAAAGCUCUCAUCUUUUAUAAAAGAGAGCUAAAUCUGCUCCUACUUUUCCUUUUUAUUAUCAUUGUCUCCUAUUGCUUUGUUUUUUUUUUUUUUAUGGCUCUCCUCACUUUCUUACCGGAACCGGCGGCCGAACCCAUGAAAGUGGAACAGCCGUCCAAGCGUGGAAGAAACCCGGUGAAAAAGCAAAAGGAAAAGCAACCAUCUUCAUGGGACCAAAUCAAGAAUCUGCUCAGUUGCAAACAGAUCGAAGGGUCGAAAGUUCAUGACCCUUCGAAGAAUAACCAGCUGCCUCAUCAUCACGGCUACUCGAAGCUGGGUUCCUCUUGCAAAUCCAUCUGUAGCUUCAACGACGUCGUUCACGGCAACACCAGGGUUGUUCACAGAGCCGACAACUCGCCUGAGAGUAGCACGGUGGGUCAAGAAACCGGGCUGCUGAGACGCAAAGCCGGGAAUAGCUCGUCAACGCGGUCGUUGUCAGGGUCAACAAGAACCAACAACAGCAGCACGACUUACACGACGUCAUCUUCAUCAAGAGCUAUGCAAUUCAGGAAACUUUCUGGGUGUUACGAGUGUCGUAUGAUCGUUGACCCCAGCAGGUAUCCAUCCUCAAGAACAACUAUAUCUGCCUGCUCACAGUGCGGAGAGGUAUUCCCAAAGAUUGAAAGUUUGGAGCUCCAUCAAGCUGUUCGCCAUGCAGUUUCGGAGUUGGGCCCAGACGAUUCGGGCCGAAACAUUGUGGAAAUUAUCUUCAAAUCGAGCUGGUUAAAGAAGGACAAUCCAAUCUGUAAGAUCGAGCGGAUACUGAAAGUCCACAACACCCAACGCACCAUCCAACGGUUUGAGGACUGUCGCGACGCAGUGAAAACACGUGCUCUCAACAGCACCAGAAAGAACCCCAGGUGUGCGGCUGACGGCAACGAACUCCUCCGGUUCCACUGCACCACAUUGUCGUGCUCCCUCGGAGCGCGCGGCUCGUCCAGCUUGUGUGGUUCCAUCCCCGGCUGCGGCGUCUGCACCAUAAUCAAGCAAGGGUUCCAGAAAAAAGGUGGAGGAGCCGCGGCGGCCGCAGAAUUCAAAGGGGUUUGCACAACGGCUAGUAGCGGGAGGGCCCACGAUUCACUUAAAUGUACGGACGGACGCAGGGCAAUGCUGGUUUGCCGUGUGAUCGCGGGGAGGGUGAAGCGAGUGACGGAAGAUGCGCCGCCGUUUGAGGAGGAUAAUAGCGGCGUCGUAGCGGCUGCGACUGGCUCAUACGAUUCUCUAGCGGCGUACGCCGGGGUCUACUCCAAUCUGGAGGAGUUGGUUGUUUUCAAUCCAAGGGCCAUCCUUCCUUGUUUCGUAGUCAUUUACAAAGCCCAUGAAUCUUGACUCGGCUGACAGCCAAAUAUCAACAUCAAUUUCACAUAAUUACCAAAAUCAAACGAUCCACCUUAACCGUGUACAUAUAUUUUGAUCUUACGUCGUGGCACAUGAGAUCAAAGCCUCGGUUUGUUUUGUUCUUCUUCUUUUCUUUUUUUUUUUAUUAAAUAAAUUGGAUUUUAAUGUUUGUUACCGCA